AUGGUUCAAGAUCGUACAAGAGUCUCUCAGCUCUCAACAAACACUAGUCAGCCCUCCCAGAAUGGCUCAGGCUCAUCAGCCAUCAAGAAGAAAGUUGUUCGGCGAGAUCCAGAAAAGAGACGUAUGCAGAAUCGCUUAGCACAGCAGACCUAUAGGGAAAAGCAGAGAAAGCGCAUACAGGAAUUGGAGCGUCGUGCUGCAGAGCACGAUACCGAGGUAAAAGAUAGUGACGGAUCUAUUGAGGAAGUACACCCCGUAGGGUACAACAGUACUACAAAGUCUGCUGGAGGAUUCCUUCUGGACGCCGAGACUGUCAACCCAUCAGAUCUCUACAACGGCCUUGAUACGACAGUAUCACACCAAUCAACCGCACAUGUCGAAACAUGGGACUCAGAUAUCAUACACGAGGACUUCGACAAAUGGCUCAUCGCAAAUCCAAUUUACGACGAACAUACCACGCCGGCAGUAUUCUUCAACUGUGGCUGCCCUACUCUUCACGUCCCCAACACCUCGAUGGAGGUUCUACUCCCUGUCAUCCCCAACCCAUACAAGAACAACCUCCAGAUGGACAUCAUAUGCAUCAUCUCCGCUAUGCUAGAGAACUGCCUCUCUCUUGGAAUAACGCGUUCCAUGUACUGUGCUGAGGAGGCCGUGUCGCCUUUCUUUCGAGCCCACGUCCAGGAGGAUCCCAGCUCGCAGGCUAUCGUUGCAUCUGUUCAACGUGGCGCUCGUGGACUGCAUUUUGAUCUUCGUCCUACACAGACACAGAUAGUUACCGACCAUCAUCCUUUCAUUGAUACAAUUCCGUUCAAGGAGGUCAGGGAUAACAUCAUCAAGUACAUGAGUUCUGAUGAAGAGGAUGAGUUCUUCCACGACUCGUUGAAUCACUUGACAUGCUGGGGAGGUAUCAACGGUGCACAUACCGGAACACCAUGGGAUGCGAGAAGUUGGGAGGCAACAGAAGAAUUCAUACAGAAGUGGUCAAAUAUUGUAGGAGGUGAAGAAGGCGAGCUGGCAAGGAAUUCGCAGUGGUGGAGGUCACUUCGUGGCGAAAGAACCAUCACCGAGAUAAUGUGA